CUCCUUCUCCUCGACAUCAGAGCGCUUCAUGACUCUGAGAGCUGAACGACAGGGAACCAAUCAGCUGCACCCUCCUCCAGCUCCUCGGAAGACGUAACCAUGGCAAAAAACACCACAACCAGGUAUGACCACAUCACCUGCAAACACCUGAUCCGUUCAGGGUCUCCUACCAUCUACCAGCUGACACCAAAGAAAGAGAAAAUAGGAACCAUAAAAAGAAUGACUCUUGGUGAAAAAAAUCCAACUAAAGUACACAAAACUAUCCUGCUUGUGGGAGAAACAGGAACGGGAAAAUCUACUCUGAUCAAUGCUCUGGUCAACUACGCCAUGGGAGUGACGUGGGAGGACAAUGUCUGGUUUGAGAUCGUAGAGGACGAGAAGAAGCAAUCACAGAGUCAAGAGGAGGAUGAAGAAAGUGAUGAGAAAUGUGAAAGUCAGACAUCAGAUGUGAUCGUGUACGAGAUCUUUGGCUUUGAAGAUAAAACUCUGCCCUACUCUCUGACCAUCAUUGAUACUCCUGGAUACGGAGAUACCAGAGGGCCUGAAUAUGAUGACGCCAUCUCUACUAGAUUAACUGACGUGUUCCGCUCACAGUACGGAGUUCAUGAGAUGAAUGUCGUGGGUCUGGUGCUGAAAGCGAGCGAGAAUCGACUAAGUGACCGUCUGAGGUACGUCUUUGAUUCAGUGGCGUCUCUGUUUGGAAAAGAAAUGGAGAACAACAUCGUCUCUCUCAUCACACACUCAGAUGGAAUGACACCUGAAAAUGUUCUUGACGCUCUCAAUGCUGCAAACAUCAAGUGUGCCAAAGAUGAAAAUAAUCAGCCUGUUCACUUCCUGUUUAGUAACCUACAAAAUAAAGAGAGAACAAAGAAAACUAGAGUCCUUAAAAAUGCACAUGAAACAACAAUGGAAGGAAUGUCAGAGUUUGGACAGUUUGUGCUUGAAAAAGCUCCACAACAGCUGAAGACAACUGUGGCCGUUCUGAACGAACGCAUCAGACUGACAGCAAGCAUCCAAAACCUGCAAGAGCGAGUUGAGCUGAUUGAAUUUCAACAGAAAGAAAUCCAACAGACUCAGGAAGCCCUGAGGAAACAUGAACAAGAGAUGAAGAGCAAUGAGAACUUCACUGUAGAAGUUGACGAGCCCUACAAAGUUAAAGAACCUAUCAGCGGAGGAAUGUGGGCAUGGGUGUUAUAUGAAGGAGCUGUGUCCUGUAAUGUCUGUGAGGAGAACUGUCACUACCCUGGAUGCACAAUGGCCUGGUAUCCCAGAGACUGUGAGGUGAUGAAAAAAAGUCACUGCACUGUAUGUACAGGGAAAUGCCCUGUGUCAGAUCAUGUGAAGGAAAAGUGGACGUAUGUGACUAAGACAAGGAAAGGGACAAAAACUCUUCAAGAUGUGAAAAAGAAGUUUGACCAAAGUAAAGCAGACUGCAAAGAGAAAACAAGCCUUCUGGAAACAGUUCAGAAGAAAAUGGACGAACUUAAAAAGGAAAAAGAUCAGUGGUUGGAAGAGUCCUUCCAGCAUGUUGUCAAACUGGAGCAGAUCGCUCUGAAUGCUGAUUCACUGUCCACUCAUAUCCAUCUGGACUUCCUGAUUGAGAAGAUGAAGGAGAACAGUGAUAGGUUUGAAGAGGAGGUCCAGAAACUGGAGGAGAUAAAGAGGCGAGUGAAUAAAGGAACCAAAGCAGGGCUGGGGUACAAGAUCGGUAGACUGGCUGCAUCUGCUGGCAGAGCAUUUAAAUAAAUGUUGGAGUAGGUGAACAAGAUCAUUUUGAGAAGCUCUGAUUUAAACACAAUGAUCUUGUUGAUACAAACUUUAAAUCAUAGCAAAGAUUUAAUCAUGAUAUUAAUGUUCCACAUAAACUUAAAUGUAAUCACAUUGUAAAUUUCACAUUUGUAAUUCCUUCUAUUUUCUUAUUCACCAACAAAACUUUCAUUCUUAUAUAUAUUAGAGAGAGAGAGAAUCUGACUUAAAAUAUCUUAUAGUGUCAUCCAGCCCAUUGAACUGUACGGUAGUGAAGUGUGGGGUCCACUCAGACAUCAGAGCUACACACGCUGGGACAAUCAUCCAACAGAAUCUUUACACGCUGAAUUCUGCACACACAUUUUACACGUACACAGAAACACACCAACACAUGCAUGCAUACAUCCAGCCCCACAGACAUCAUCCUCUCCAAAGCCCUCCAGACUCAAGAGCCCAGAAAAGAGUCCCCUAUGUCAGUUGGUACUGAGGCUAACUGCCCCCCUGUCAGACCCGUCUCUCUACUGUCAGAGAUAGAAAGCAGAGACUGAUCCUCACCAGGUACAAGCCCAGUGACCACAAACUGGCAAACAGGAAGACACAAAAAACCAUGGCAACCCAAAGAAAACAGAACAUGUGGUCACUGUUGGACAGGUGAGGUGGAGACAGAGAUGCACUCCUACAUUGUAAAACGUUUGAUGAAACAAGUUUAACUCUGUCAUCACAGAUUUCAAAGAGCUCAAUGAACUCUCCAAAAUACAAAUACUCCUAGGAGAAGGAGACAGGGCAUAUCCUGCUGCCCAAUAUGUUUUAACUUGCCACAACCUGAGGGACAAUGAUCAACACACACACACACACACAUUUGUAUAUUUAUCCACUUACUAUAUAAUCAAUGUUAAUGUUGUGUAAAUAUUCAUAUUACUGUUUAUUGUGUACUGUCCAAAUAUUUGGACACAUUUAUUUUAUGCUUUGGCAAUGUUCAUUUGAAAUUCAUGCCAAUAAAGCCCUUUUGAAUUGAAUUGAAUUGAAUUGAGAGAGAGGGAGAGAGAGAGAGAACGAACAACACAUGUAGAGCAGAACUUGGCCAAUAUCCCCUCCUCCUCAAAAUACAAAAAAGAGCACUCAAAUUCUAUGAACACCUAAAGACAAGUUAAACCCAGUCCUACCAUCACAUCGCCUUGAGCUGCCGAGAGCUGAAGCCAGAGAAAAGUCCCCUCAACCAGCUGGUCCAGAGGCUGUCCAGCAACACCUGUAUACUACCAAACCAGGCUCAGGACCCUAAUACCCCCCAGAUUAGACCAGACCAGCCUGAAGACCCCAACAUCCCCCUGAUUCAACCAAAUCUAAUUAUCAAAAA